CCAUACUUUUGAGAGAUACUUCGAAGGUCGAAAAGCAUUUCAGGACACAUGUGGUUUGAUUAAAACCGCAUUCCGUAUUACUUGGACCAAUAUUAUUGGAAUCACUAAAGAAGAGAAAGAAGUAAUUAUGAAAUUAUUGCUCGCCUUCGUUGUUGCUACAAUACACAGUUUAAAAAAAGAAGAAGAUGUCGACCAUGAAGAUAUUAAAGAACUUAUUCCUAAUACCUUUAAUUUUCAACAAAAAGCUCAACCAUCGUCUGAAAUAAAUCCAUUGUCUAAAAUAAAUGAAUGCAAAAUAGAAUUACCAGUUGAGAUAAUAUCAUAUUUAAAUUUAUAUUAUAGUAAAAAAUUUUAUGAAAAGGAACUUGAUAGUAUACCAUUUGGCAUAAUUUCUGAAGCAUUAAGUGAUUUAACACAACUUUUUGGUACGAUGCAUACUAUUAGUGGUACACCAAUUCCUAUAACUUAUCAAAUUCACAUGAAACAGUCUCUAAAUAUAUACGUUUGCUUUCUCUCACUUGCGCUUGUUGAAAGUCUUGGCUGGGCCACUAUUCCAAUUGUCACUAUAAUUGCUUUUAUAUUGUUUGGUCUUGAAACUCUCGGAAAUGAGAUUGCAGAUCCAUUUGGUGAUGAUGAAACUGAUUUACCACUAGAGGAGUUUU